AUGGAUGAUGUAGACAGUGGUCUUUCUGACUUCAUUUACUCUGUGCUGCCAAAUUCAAGUUCAAAUGACCUGCUGUUAGAGACUCUUCAGACCUUGGGUGUGGAAACCGUGGAAGAUUUAAAAUAUGUCCAGGAGGAAGAUCUUGUUAAUACCCUCAGGCCAAUUGAAGCUCGAAAAUUGAUUGCAAGAUUUAAAGCUUUUUCUGAAAAGGAUGCCAAAGAGAUUCCUGAUCUGCCUACCAGAGCUGAGCCAGAAAGAUGUAUAAGCACACACACAGGAACAAUGCCAUGCAGAGACCAUCCAUCUACAAAUGAAUACAGUGCAGCUCAUUCCAACUCUCCACAGUCUUCCUCAAGCUCAAGUGAAGUCUCAACUCCUCAUAGAAAUACUCCAGUGGAUAACAACUGGCACUUCAAUUUUGAGAUACCCUGGAGUAAAAUGCCGUCAGAACUUACCAGAAAGCUCGAAAAUAAAGAGCGGCCAACAGGACGUGAAAGACGUGAAAUGAUUCGCCUGAUGUUAGGAGAGAUUCUAACCAUCUGCCCUACACCAGGGAAGAAACAUCUAUGUGAAAUUGCUAGGAAGAUUGUUUCAAGAUAUCCUCUGUCAUUUAGAGAUGUUAUUGAAGAUCAAGUUGUUGGUAGUGGUUAUGACUCCCUUACCAAGCAGCUGCAGGCUAGACUUGACAACAUGAAAAGAGGGAAAACCUCACUUUACCUGAAAAGACAGACGUUCAGUGCAAGUGAGGGAGAAGACCCACCUUCCAAGAUAAGAAGAGUGGAUACAUAUGGUUGCACAAAUUGGCAACCAAAACGGCUGCCACCGGGUGAAACUGAGGAGACUCAGAAAUGUGCACAAGAAGAAUUAAAGAACAUGCACAAAAACAAAAGCAAGAACGGCAAAAGUAUUCAAGAAAAAAUGCUGGCUACUUUCUACACUCAGAGAAGCGACAUAAGUAGAAUGGAAACCCCUGUUUUGGUAAAAGAGUGGCCAUAUCUGUUUGAGAUGUGCGGGAUAAUGGUCCACUUCAAAGAGCUAACAGAUAUGGAUGUUGACAGAGGAGCCAUCUCAAGUAAAUGUGAAAGAGUCAUUUCAUAUCUCAUGUCCCAUGACAAGAAGAACAGCAAAAUAGAGGGCAUCUUAGAAGGCAUUGAAAGUGCCAAAGCGAAGCAUCUAGAUCCUUAUCUUCCUGGAUGUGUGAUGUUGCUUCUGAAACAUUUCAGUGAAGAUCAGGCCAAGAUGUUUGUGAUGGUUGAUGAGACGUGUCUGCCAUCUGAAGUUGAUCAACUGCCCAGCACGCCUUGCAUCGUUGUGUGUGGGAGUUCUCCCCUCACAGCUGAAAACUUGAUGAUUGCUGUGGACCAGACCAUCGUGAAAGAUGGGGUUACAAAUUGUGGUGAUGCCCUUGUAAUGAUGUUCGUAUCCUACUACUGCCUCAACAUCAGUUAUCCACUGGAACUUGGAGCAACUCUGGAGUUCAUGCAGAGAUGCCUUUUCAGGAUAAAUCCAGAUAGGGGGACCAAAGUGGAGAAGCAGCAAUCUAAAAAACAGCAGUCCAUAAAUCCCAAGGUUCUUUCUUUGAUUACAAACAUUGCAGACUUUGAAUGGCGUGAGUAGACAUCUGACAUGCCAGCUUCUUUUUGUUUCAUACAUUUCCAUUUAGUUUAUAUACUAUUCUGUAAUGUGUAAAGGGUUCAUUCUGCUUGUAUUUUGUGGCUGACUGUUAUCUUGAGUGAGUGCAGCGUUUUAACGUGUGUUUACACGUUUUAAAUUGUGUACAUUUCAAAGUACAGGGUUAAAAAUAAA